UAUCAAUUUUGUAUGUGGCCCACAAUAUUAUUCUCACCACCAACCCCACCUGUUACCAUUCAUUACCAUUGUCUUUUCUUGGGACUACUUUUUUCGAUCUUUCAAAUCGGAUGUGCUGUUCUCUGCAACCGCACAUGCUAAACUCGAAAUUUUCCAAUCACACCCUUAGCCCUUCUCAAGAUCUCACAGCCCCUCCCCGUUGUCUCUCUGUCUCUCACCCUCAAGAACUCACGCAGCCCGUCGUCUCUCUAACCAGGAACCAUGUCGGGAUUGGGUCAGCCUCCUCGUCCAGAUGUUGCAGAUUGCAUGGAAGACUUGCAGUUGGUCCAUCUGGUUUAAUUGAGGUAGAACAAACUGUGUCACAAGCGGUGCAAGUUGAAUCAGAAUUCGUAGAAGGUAGGCUUUUCAAAAAAAAGUUCUAUUAUAAACUUUCUCGAGUUCGGGAUGUGGCACAUGCAUUAUUAGAUCUAAUUUUAAAAAAGGAAGAUAAACACGAAUCACUAGAGAAUGGUAUAGAGUUGGAUCCUUUAAUUUCGAAAGACCAUUUAGAACGGAAAAUUAAGAUACUAUACGCACAGUUCGUGAUAUUAUCCCGUAUAUGGCAGAGUAGUCGUUUAUCAGGAUGUUCAUCACUGGAGUUUGUGAUGAAAUGCUUUGAGAACAACCCUUGGCUGGAAGGUCUCGAGCUGCUGGGGCUUGCGAGUUACGAUACGAACUGCUAUUGAUGCACUUUCCCGGAAAACAGAUAUCGGACUUUGCUCUAAGUCUUGUGUGCCGGGUGGUGCCUUUUUUUUUUUUUUCCCUUCUCCUUCCUAAGUAUUUUUAAUGUUUGUGCUUUUGGAUUUAAAGAAGCUUUAAGAGAUGAUUAGGCCAUAUGUGGUAAUAUAUUGCCUACCCUUUUGAUCCUACUUUCGGAAACAUUCACUUUUGUUCUUUGCUCUUCAAUUUGUGGUAAAGCUAUUUAUUUCUUUUUCUUUUC